AUGUCUGAGUCCGGGUCUUCUUCUACACCGCCCUUGAAGAAUCCGAAGCUCAGCGCAAUGAGCAAAGCUUUCGCACAGGUCGACUUGGACGGCCAUGAUCUCCCGCCUUCGCCUGCUCCGUCGAGUCCCAGAGGUGGUCGGCAAUACGCAAUUGCGACCCAACUGGUGUACUCAGAGGGGAACGACCAGUACAAUGCCAGCAGCGUGCCCAUAUACCAGUCUGCCACCUUCAAACAGGCCUCUGCCACCGGCGGCGUCUCCGAUUAUGACUAUACUCGUAGCGGCAACCCAACACGCACCCAUUUAGAAAAACACCUCGCAAAGAUCAUGCGCGCCAAGAGGGCGCUGGUGGUCUCUUCUGGCAUGGGUGCCCUCGAUGUCAUCACUCGGCAGUUGAAGCCGGGUGACGAAGUCGUGACAGGCGACGAUCUGUAUGGAGGAACAAACCGAUUGCUCAAAUAUCUGUCCACACACGGGGGGAUUAUCGUCCAUCAUGUCGACACGACCGCACCUGACAAGGUGAAGGAGGUGCUGAGCGGCAAGACCGCCAUGGUACUGCUUGAGACGCCUACCAAUCCCCUGAUCAAGAUUGUGGAUAUUCCCACCAUUGCAAGUUUCGCCCACGCCGCCAACCCCUCAUGCCUAGUGAUUGUGGAUAACACCAUGCUUUCACCUUUGCUCCAAAACCCUCUGGAACUCGGAGCAGAUGUUGUCUAUGAAUCUGGCACGAAAUAUCUGUCAGGCCAUCACGACUUGAUGGCUGGUGUCCUCGCUGUCAACGACGAAGCGCUGGGUGAGAAAUUUUACUUCACCAUCAAUGCCUCAGGCUGCGGCCUUGCUCCGUUUGACUGCUGGCUCCUCAUGCGCGGAAUCAAAACACUAAAAGUCCGCAUGGAUGCACAGCAAGCAAACGCCAUGAUGAUUGCACAGUUUCUUGAGUCCGCGGGCUUCAAAGUCCGUUACCCCGGUCUGAAGAGUCACCCCCAGUAUGACCUCUUCCAUUCAAUGGCCCGGGGGCCCGGUGCGGUCUUGUCAUUCGAGACCGGGGACAUCCAAUUGUCCGAGCGGAUCGUCGAGUCCGCGAAACUAUGGGCCAUCAGCGUGAGUUUCGGCUGUGUCAACUCUCUCAUCAGCAUGCCAUGCCGCAUGAGCCAUGCCAGCAUCGAUGCCAAGACUCGCAAAGAGCGUGGCGUGCCUGAAGACCUGAUCCGACUGUGUGUCGGGAUCGAGGACGGAGAGGAUCUCCUGGAUGAUCUCCGAAGUGCGCUGGUUCAGUCUGGCGCUAUGACUGUCACGCUUGAUGGAAUCUAUGCGAAGAACGCAACAGUCGGAGAUGAACAUCCCAAGGAAGGCGAGCAUCUGGCUGCAGAAGCUGCAGCAACCAAUGAACCAUGA